AACUUGUGUAGAAAUAUGAGACAAGUGACGCAGGUGUGCUUGGGCGAUACAGUCAUGGUGGACGUGGAGAACGCCAUGAUGGAGGAGUCGACGUCCGUCCACUGGCACGGGCACCACCAACGCAACUCACCGUACAUGGACGGCGUGCCGUACGUGACGCAGUGUCCGGUUCCACCCCACAGUUCUUUUAGGUACGUGUACUUGGCCGACAACGAAGGCACGCACUUCUGGCACUCGCAUUCUGGCUGCCAGCGGGGUGACGGAGCGUUCGGUUCGUUCAUCGUGCGGUCCCCGAAGUCACGGGACGUGCACCGCGACAUGUACGACGAGGACGUUCACAUCAUCACGGUCACCGAUUGGCUGCAUGAACUGGGCAUCCGCAAGUUCCUCGCCCAUUACCACGGUUCGGGCAACAAUAAGCCCGAGUCCAUUCUGGUCAAUGGCCGUGGCCGUUACAAAGUCUUUGACGGUGGUUACCGAACGCCUCUGACUCAGUUCAACGUGACCAGAGGGAAACGAUAUAGGUUUAGACUGAUCAAUGCUGGAUUCCUAAAUUGUCCAAUUUCUAUGAGUAUCGAUAAUCAUACAGUUACGAUGAUUGCAACAGAUGGAUAUAACAUUCAACCAGUAGUAGUCGAUUCAUUUGUAAGUUAUGCUGGUGAACGCUGGGAUUUUGUAGUGGAAGCAACAGCUAAUGUUGCCAAUUAUUGGAUGCGUUUUAGAGGAUUGAUGGACUGCGAUGAACGGUUUACCAAGGCCUUUGAAGUAGCGAUUUUGCAUUAUGGCGGAGCUGCUGACGAGGAACCAGAGGGCACACCAACAUAUGACAAUACACUUCAUUCCGGAAUUCAAUUGAAUGCACUGAAUAAAGGAUCUGGGUUAAUGGACACGGCCACUGUAUCAGAAUUAGAAGACGCAACACCACCGAAAAACGACCUUCGUUUAGAGAAGAAACCAGAUGUAACAUUAUUUAUGUCAUAUGAUUUUUAUUCUUUAGAUAAUCCACAUUUCCACAAACCUAUGUUAUAUGGAUUCAAACAAGUGACUCACAGGUCUGAACGUGUGUACACACCACAAAUUAACAAAAUGUCUUUCAAGCUUCCAUCAUUUCCAUUAUUAUCUCAAAGGAAUAUGAUAGAACCUUGGAUGAGUUGUGAUCAUAUAAAGAAGGAUUGCUCAAACGAAUUUUGUGAGUGUACAAACAUUAUAAGAGUUCCUCUGGGGUCAAUCGUUGAACUAUUUCUUAUUGACAAAGGUGUGACCUACAACGCAAAUCAUCCAUUCCAUUUGCACGGACAUCCGUUUAGAGUAGUAGCGAUGGAAAGAGUUGGAAACCAUACUACUGUAGAGGAGAUAGAGCAAAUGGACAGAGAUGGGCGCAUUGUUAGAAAUCUACGGACUGCACCUCUUAAAGACACCGUGACAGUACCAGAUGGUGGAUUUACAAUAUUAAGAUUCUUAGCCGACAAUCCUGGUUAUUGGUUAUUUCAUUGUCAUAUUGAAUUCCACGUUGAAGUGGGCAUGGCAACUGUGUUCAAAAUCGGUGAAGACUGGGAAAUGCCACCAUCACCUCCGGGUUUUCCGAAAUGUGGAAACUAUAACGGAAAAGGAUUAGUGUCAAUACUGAAUCCAGAAGACAUGGAUUCGGUGUACCCGAUCAUUAAUGGAUCUAGGCAGCAUGAUGAUUUUGAUGACGUAGAUAUCGAAAGUCGUACUAAUAUGAUAUCUACAUUAGGUAAAUGGUGGCCGUUCGUCGGAGGUGCGCAUCCUUAUGUAGCAUCUGCURCUAGUAUCAACUCAUCGUACUUCUCAAUUUUAUUGUGUAUUGUGAUAAGCUUUUUAGUUAUUGAAUGACGURUAUAGUUAAAAUAAAUAAUACCUACGCUCAUUGUUUAUUGAAUUGUGUAUUAUAAAAUUUAUAGUU